GUUAUGACUUGAGGCAUUCAAACAAAACAAUUUAAAUCCUCAACAAUCGAUCAUUAAAUCAAGAUAUGCUUCUGCGAUGGAACACUAAAUGAAGAUAUGGGAUACCUUUCCUGUUUCACUCGUCUGUUCUUGACCCUUUUUAACGGAGUAACCAUCACAAUAUGCCUGGUCUUCAUAGGAAUAGGGGUGGUGAUGAUAAUCCUCCCCGAUAUAAGUGUACUGGACCACCUAAUUGGCGCCAGCACUGUGAUGACUAAGCUAAAGGACACCCUGACAGCCACAGGCCUGGGGACAGAGGACCAGUACUCGGGUCUCUCCCUCUCAACAGCCUUCUAUGACGUCGGUCUGAUGCUGGCGGCGUCAUGUUUAUUCAUCAUGAUCAUUGCUUUGUUUGGAUGUUGUGGAGGAUGCUGUAAAUUGAAGUGCGCUCUAUUAACAUACAUAGCUGUCAGCUGUUUCUUCCUGGUUUUGGAGCUGAUAGUUGUGAUCAUAGUCUAUGGUGAUGAAGAUUUGGUGAUUAAAUCAAUCAAAGAACUGGUCCUCCUCAGCAUUGCUAGUUAUAAAGGAUUGGCCGGACAGAACAUACAGAGCCUUGGCUGGAACUUCGUUAUGGUCAAGUAUAAAUGUUGUGGGUUGAAUGAUUACAAGGAUUUCCUGAGAUCCAACUGGACUCGUUCAGUGACUACUUCAGGGACGACAUACACAUUGAAGACGCCCAUCGCAUGUUGCGAUCCUCUUCCCACAUCCGGCGAUCUGACAUGCGCAACAACAACCUCUGAACCCAAUACUGCCUUAACGGGCUGUUUUGACACCGUUUGGGAUACUUCGUUUGGAAACGACACAUUCAUAGCGUUUGGUUAUUGCAUUGGGUUUGGAAUUCAGUUGAUACUUAUUGCUGCGGCAAUUAUUGUAUUCAUGGAAGCCAAGAAGAAAAACCGAAUUGCAACAGAAAGGGAAGAAAGAAAACAAAGAAGGAUGGCAAAUAACGCAGUUGUGGAGCCCCUACCCGAAAAACCAGGCAUAUCUAAUAACCCGUUCGAAGACCAUCUCCCAGAUAAACCGAACGCCCAUGUCUAUAUGUAACAUUCAAACAGAGAUUAAUGAGAACAGUUUUUUUUGCUUUUGUUUCCCACUACAUGUAAUUUUGUUUUACAAAUAAGCACUCAUUACUAAUAAGCCAUUGUUCGCACAUAUAUAAUUAAAAUCAGAAAGUUGUCUUUA